AUGUGGACUGCCAACUGUACAGACAAGGCUGGUGAAGCCAGCGUCAGUGCCAGGAGGCCCUUUGUCCUGGGCUGGCCCACGGUGAACUUUGUGGCCACCUUCAGUUCCUCUGAACGAAAGGAAAAAUGGCAGUCCUUCCUUCAAAGGUACAUCAAUCUAGACAAAGAGAAGGAUCAGCCAAAAAGCGUUCCCCUCAAAAUCUUCACUGAGGACAUCAAAAACGGUGCCUGUUCUGUUACUAUAACAGUGACAAAUUCAGACACAGUGAAUGAUGUUAUCAACAUGUCACUUUCAAAGCUAGGAAUAACUGGCUCUGAGAAAGAUUACCAGUUGUGGAUCAGUUCUGGCAAGAAAAAGGCCUCAUAUCCACUUACUGGUCAUGAACAUCCCUAUGGAAUUAAAAUGAGCGAUGUUCCAGCUACUGGGCUGCUGCAGCAGGGACUGGAGAACUCCGCUUCUGCUUCUGCCCUCCAGGAGGACUUCCUGGAGGGGUCCCAAGAGAUUCAAGACAAGUUCAUCCUGAAACCCAGGCACUCAGCCAAGAACCAAGCCAGAAAUCAGCAGGGGAAAGUUAGUAAGAAUUCUGCCAAAAACUGGGCCUUUUGGUGUAGCUCCAGGACUCGCGAGGACAACCAACACCCACGUCUGCCACCCACAAAGCCAAAACAGCUCUUUGGAGCUCCUCUUGAGGAUGUAUGUGAUAAUGACACCCUGCCCACCCCAAUUCUGGAUAUGCUUUCCUUUAUCAAUCAAAAAGGGCCAUUCACAGAAGGCAUCUUCAGAAAAUCUGCCAGUAUAAAAUCAUGCAGAGCCCUAAAGGAGAAACUAAACUCUGGGGACAAAGUGAACUUGGAUGAUGAAUCCCUUCUUGUGGUAGCAUCCGUCUUAAAGGAUUUUCUUCGAAAUAUUCCAGGAAGCAUAUUUUCAGCCAGUCUCUAUGAUAAAUGGCUUGAUGUUAUUGAUCAAGGCAAUGAGGAGGAGAAAAUAACUGCGACCCAGAGGCUUCUAGACCAGCUGCCAAGAGCCAACGUAGUUUUUUUGCGUUACCUUUUUGGAGUGUUACACAACAUUGAGCAACAUUCCUCAUCCAAUCAGAUGACAGCUUACAAUUUAUCAGUGUGUAUAACCCCAAGCAUUCUUUGUCUGCUUAAUUCUGGCAGCACAGAAUUAGAAAGCUUCACCAAAAAGAUUUCUUUCAUACAAUUUCUCAUUGAAAACUGUCUCAAGAUAUUUGGAGAAGAUAUCACUUCUCUCUUUGGAAAGAACUCAGUGAGUUGCGAUAACAGUGAUAUCACUGAUAUCACUGAUAACAGUGAGAAGGUUGCAGAUACAGACAAGAAGACAGUUAGUAAGAAUUCUGCCAAAAACUGGGCCUUUUGGUGUAGCUCCAGGACUCGCGAGGACAACCAACACCCACGUCUGCCACCCACAAAGCCAAAACAGCUCUUUGGAGCUCCUCUUGAGGAUGUAUGUGAUAAUGACACCCUGCCCACCCCAAUUCUGGAUAUGCUUUCCUUUAUCAAUCAAAAAGGGCCAUUCACAGAAGGCAUCUUCAGAAAAUCUGCCAGUAUAAAAUCAUGCAGAGCCCUAAAGGAGAAACUAAACUCUGGGGACAAAGUGAACUUGGAUGAUGAAUCCCUUCUUGUGGUAGCAUCCGUCUUAAAGGAUUUUCUUCGAAAUAUUCCAGGAAGCAUAUUUUCAGCCAGUCUCUAUGAUAAAUGGCUUGAUGUUAUUGAUCAAGGCAAUGAGGAGGAGAAAAUAACUGCGACCCAGAGGCUUCUAGACCAGCUGCCAAGAGCCAACGUAGUUUUUUUGCGUUACCUUUUUGGAGUGUUACACAACAUUGAGCAACAUUCCUCAUCCAAUCAGAUGACAGCUUACAAUUUAUCAGUGUGUAUAACCCCAAGCAUUCUUUGUCUGCUUAAUUCUGGCAGCACAGAAUUAGAAAGCUUCACCAAAAAGAUUUCUUUCAUACAAUUUCUCAUUGAAAACUGUCUCAAGAUAUUUGGAGAAGAUAUCACUUCUCUCUUUGGAAAGAACUCAGUGAGUUGCGAUAACAGUGAUAUCACUGAUAUCACUGAUAACAGUGAGAAGGUUGCAGAUACAGACAAGAAGACAGUUAGUAAGAAUUCUGCCAAAAACUGGGCCUUUUGGUGUAGCUCCAGGACUCGCGAGGACAACCAACACCCACGUCUGCCACCCACAAAGCCAAAACAGCUCUUUGGAGCUCCUCUUGAGGAUGUAUGUGAUAAUGACACCCUGCCCACCCCAAUUCUGGAUAUGCUUUCCUUUAUCAAUCAAAAAGGGCCAUUCACAGAAGGCAUCUUCAGAAAAUCUGCCAGUAUAAAAUCAUGCAGAGCCCUAAAGGAGAAACUAAACUCUGGGGACAAAGUGAACUUGGAUGAUGAAUCCCUUCUUGUGGUAGCAUCCGUCUUAAAGGAUUUUCUUCGAAAUAUUCCAGGAAGCAUAUUUUCAGCCAGUCUCUAUGAUAAAUGGCUUGAUGUUAUUGAUCAAGGCAAUGAGGAGGAGAAAAUAACUGCGACCCAGAGGCUUCUAGACCAGCUGCCAAGAGCCAACGUAGUUUUUUUGCGUUACCUUUUUGGAGUGUUACACAACAUUGAGCAACAUUCCUCAUCCAAUCAGAUGACAGCUUACAAUUUAUCAGUGUGUAUAACCCCAAGCAUUCUUUGUCUGCUUAAUUCUGGCAGCACAGAAUUAGAAAGCUUCACCAAAAAGAUUUCUUUCAUACAAUUUCUCAUUGAAAACUGUCUCAAGAUAUUUGGAGAAGAUAUCACUUCUCUCUUUGGAAAGAACUCAGUGAGUUGCGAUAACAGUGAUAUCACUGAUAUCACUGAUAACAGUGAGAAGGUUGCAGAUACAGACAAGAAGACAGUUAGUAAGAAUUCUGCCAAAAACUGGGCCUUUUGGUGUAGCUCCAGGACUCGCGAGGACAACCAACACCCACGUCUGCCACCCACAAAGCCAAAACAGCUCUUUGGAGCUCCUCUUGAGGAUGUAUGUGAUAAUGACACCCUGCCCACCCCAAUUCUGGAUAUGCUUUCCUUUAUCAAUCAAAAAGGGCCAUUCACAGAAGGCAUCUUCAGAAAAUCUGCCAGUAUAAAAUCAUGCAGAGCCCUAAAGGAGAAACUAAACUCUGGGGACAAAGUGAACUUGGAUGAUGAAUCCCUUCUUGUGGUAGCAUCCGUCUUAAAGGAUUUUCUUCGAAAUAUUCCAGGAAGCAUAUUUUCAGCCAGUCUCUAUGAUAAAUGGCUUGGUGUUAUUGAUCAAGGGAAUGAGGAGGAGAAAAUAACUGUGACCCAGAGGCUUCUAGACCAGCUGCCAAGAGCCAACGUAGUUUUUUUGCGUUACCUUUUUGGAGUGUUACACAACAUUGAGCAACAUUCCUCAUCCAAUCAGAUGACAGCUUACAAUUUAUCAGUGUGUAUAACCCCAAGCAUUCUUUGUCUGCUUAAUUCUGGCAGCACAGAAUUAGAAAGCUUCACCAAAAAGAUUUCUUUCAUACAAUUUCUCAUUGAAAACUGUCUCAAGAUAUUUGGAGAAGAUAUCACUUCUCUCUUUGGAAAGAACUCAGUGAGUUGCGAUAACAGUGAUAUCACUGAUAUCACUGAUAACAGUGAGAAGGUUGCAGUGUUCAAGGGCCAUAUUCUGUGUGUGUCGCACGUGCCCACUGGCUCUGGGGGCCUGAUAUGCUUUCCUUUAUCAAUCAAAAAGGGCCAUUCACAGAAGGCAUCUUCAGAAAAUCUGCCAGAUUUUCUUCGAAAUAUUCCAGGAAGCAUAUUUUCAGCCAGUCUGUAUGAUGAAUGGCUUGAUGUUAUUGAUCAAGGCAAUGAGGAGGAGAAAAUAACUGCGACCCAGAGGCUUCUAGACCAGCUGCCAAGAGCCAACGUAGUUUUUUUGCGUUACCUUUUUGGAGUGUUACACAACAUUGAGCAACAUUCCUCAUCCAAUCAGAUGACAGCUUACAAUUUAUCAGUGUGUAUAACCCCAAGCAUUCUUUGUCUGCUUAAUUCUGGCAGCACAGAAUUAGAAAGCUUCACCAAAAAGAUUUCUUUCAUACAAUUUCUCAUUGAAAACUGUCUCAAGAUAUUUGGAGAAGAUAUCACUUCUCUCUUUGGAAAGAACUCAGUGAGUUGCGAUAACAGUGAUAUCACUGAUAUCACUGAUAACAGUGAGAAGGUUGCAGAUACAGACAAGAAGACAGUUAGUAAGAAUUCUGCCAAAAACUGGGCCUUUUGGUGUAGCUCCAGGACUCGCGAGGACAACCAACACCCACGUCUGCCACCCACAAAGCCAAAACAGCUCUUUGGAGCUCCUCUUGAGGAUGUAUGUGAUAAUGACACCCUGCCCACCCCAAUUCUGGAUAUGCUUUCCUUUAUCAAUCAAAAAGGGCCAUUCACAGAAGGCAUCUUCAGAAAAUCUGCCAGUAUAAAAUCAUGCAGAGCCCUAAAGGAGAAACUAAACUCUGGGGACAAAGUGAACUUGGAUGAUGAAUCCCUUCUUGUGGUAGCAUCCGUCUUAAAGGAUUUUCUUCGAAAUAUUCCAGGAAGCAUAUUUUCAGCCAGUCUGUAUGAUGAAUGGCUUGAUGUUAUUGAUCAAGGCAAUGAGGAGGAGAAAAUAACUGCGACCCAGAGGCUUCUAGACCAGCUGCCAAGAGCCAACGUAGUUUUUUUGCGUUACCUUUUUGGAGUGUUACACAACAUUGAGCAACAUUCCUCAUCCAAUCAGAUGACAGCUUACAAUUUAUCAGUGUGUAUAACCCCAAGCAUUCUUUGUCUGCUUAAUUCUGGCAGCACAGAAUUAGAAAGCUUCACCAAAAAGAUUUCUUUCAUACAAUUUCUCAUUGAAAACUGUCUCAAGAUAUUUGGAGAAGAUAUCACUUCUCUCUUUGGAAAGAACUCAGUGAGUUGCGAUAACAGUGAUAUCACUGAUAUCACUGAUAACAGUGAGAAGGUUGCAGAUACAGACAAGAAGACAGUUAGUAAGAAUUCUGCCAAAAACUGGGCCUUUUGGUGUAGAUCCAGGACUCGCGAGGACAACCAACACCCACGUCUGCCACCCACAAAGCCAAAACAGCUCUUUGGAGCUCCUCUUGAGGAUGUAUGUGAUAAUGACACCCUGCCCACCCCAAUUCUGGAUAUGCUUUCCUUUAUCAAUCAAAAAGGGCCAUUCACAGAAGGCAUCUUCAGAAAAUCUGCCAGUAUAAAAUCAUGCAGAGCCCUAAAGGAGAAACUAAACUCUGGGGACAAAGUGAACUUGGAUGAUGAAUCCCUUCUUGUGGUAGCAUCCGUCUUAAAGGAUUUUCUUCGAAAUAUUCCAGGAAGCAUAUUUUCAGCCAGUCUGUAUGAUGAAUGGCUUGAUGUUAUUGAUCAAGGCAAUGAGGAGGAGAAAAUAACUGCGACCCAGAGGCUUCUAGACCAGCUGCCAAGAGCCAACGUAGUUUUUUUGCGUUACCUUUUUGGAGUGUUACACAACAUUGAGCAACAUUCCUCAUCCAAUCAGAUGACAGCUUACAAUUUAUCAGUGUGUAUAACCCCAAGCAUUCUUUGUCUGCUUAAUUCUGGCAGCACAGAAUUAGAAAGCUUCACCAAAAAGAUUUCUUUCAUACAAUUUCUCAUUGAAAACUGUCUCAAGAUAUUUGGAGAAGAUAUCACUUCUCUCUUUGGAAAGAACUCAGUGAGUUGCGAUAACAGUGAUAUCACUGAUAUCACUGAUAACAGUGAGAAGGUUGCAGUGACAACAGAACAACCUCGUGAAUCCAAGCCAGUGAGAGUGACAGUGAUUUACAGAAAGGUACAACUGCAGUAUGAUGCCAUGACCUCAUCAAGGAUGGGUCCAUCUACUGACCUGUCUACAGUUUUCUAA